ACUUCAUUAGUCAGCACAGAGACUCACUACUGUCAAGGCAAAUUUCAGGACACUGUGGAACUGUGUCAAUAAUUUAACAAAUCUUUAUGUUUCAUAAUAUAUCAAAUACAAGUAGACUGCAUCCUUAUGUUUGAGAUUAUUGCAUCUUUAUAGUUUAAAAAAAAAUUAAUUAAGGGUGCCAUAAAUUUUGGAAUUGACUGUAGUGAAGUGCUCAUCACUAACAGAGUAAUGCUGUGUUAAUGUUAAUGUGUUAGUGUGUGUGUGUGUGUGUGUGUGUGUGUGUGUGUGUUUGUGUAGGUCACUUCUUGCAGCUCUGCAGUGCUUCACUGCAUCAUCCUGCUCGCUCUUGAUUGGCUGGGCUGCAGUGACAUCAUCACCAAUCAGGUUACAGGUUGCUGUAUGUAGAGAGAAGAGCUGCAUUGCUGCUGAGACUGGAGUGGAUCAGUGUGAGGAGGGGCAGCACUGGCGACACACUCACACACAUAAAGAACCAACACACUCACACACAUUAUUAACACACACACACAGCAUUAACACAGUGAAAGAAUGAGGGAGAUUGUGCACAUUCAGGCCGGACAGUGUGGAAACCAGAUUGGAGCAAAGUUCUGGGAGGUGAUCAGUGAUGAACAUGGCAUCGACUACAGUGGAACUUACAAUGGAGACAGCAAGCUGCAGCUGGAGAGGAUCAACGUCUAUUACAAUGAGGCCUCAGGGGGGAAGUUUGUGCCCCGUGCCAUCCUGGUGGAUCUGGAGCCUGGCACCAUGGACUCAGUGCGGUCCGGUCCCUUUGGACAAAUCUUCAGGCCUGAUAACUUUGUGUUUGGUCAAAGUGGCGCUGGGAACAACUGGGCCAAAGGUCACUACACUGAGGGUGCAGAGCUAGUGGACGCUGUGCUGGAUGUGGUACGUAAGGAGUCGGAAAACUGCGACUGCCUGCAAGGAUUCCAGCUCACGCACUCUCUGGGUGGUGGCACAGGCUCGGGCAUGGGCACACUGCUCAUUAGCAAGAUACGUGAAGAGUACCCUGAUCGCAUCAUGACCACGUUCAGUGUCACACCGUCACCCAAAGUGUCUGACACAGUGGUAGAGCCAUACAAUGCCACACUGUCCAUCCACCAGCUUGUGGAGAACACAGACGAGACCUUCAGCAUCGACAAUGAGGCACUGUAUGACAUCUGCUUCCGCACACUUAAGCUGACCACGCCCACCUACGGUGAUCUCAACCAUUUGGUUUCUGCUGCCAUGAGUGGUGUCACAACGUGUCUCCGUUUUCCAGGGCAGCUUAAUGCAGACUUGCGCAAGCUUGCAGUCAACAUGGUUCCUUUCCCUCGCUUGCACUUCUUUAUGCCAGGAUUUGCACCCUUGACCAGCAGGGGGAGCCAGCAGUACCGUGCACUCACUGUUCCUGAAUUAACACAGCAGAUGUUUGACGCCAAGAACAUGAUGACGGCGUGCGACCCGCGGCAUGGACGUUACCUCACUGUAGCAGCUAUCUUCCGUGGUCGCAUGUCCAUGAAGGAGGUGGAUGAGCAGAUGCUGAGUGUGCAGAACAAGAACAGCAGCUACUUUGUCGAGUGGAUCCCCAACAAUGUGAAGACAGCUGUGUGUGACAUCCCACCACGCGGACUUAAGAUGGCCGCCACCUUUAUCGGGAACAGCACGGCCAUACAGGAGCUGUUCCGACGUAUCUCAGAGCAGUUCACUGCCAUGUUCCGGAGAAAGGCUUUCCUGCACUGGUACACAGGGGAGGGGAUGGAUGAGAUGGAGUUCACUGAGGCUGAGAGCAACAUGAAUGACCUCAUCUCUGAAUACCAGCAGUACCAGGAUGCCACAGCCGAAGAAGCAGAGGAGUACGAGGAAGACGAGAUGGAGGAGGAGGAGGAUAUACGCCAUGAUGGCCGCCAAGAGGGUCACCACUGAGCAAACAAUUUUAAGAAAACCGCUCCCAUGUCAUUUUUAUGAAAGGACCCUUGAGUCUAAGAUAGCUUCGAUAUGUAAAACCUCAGCUACUUAUACUGCAGUCUGUGUAACACCUUACUUCUUUAGUACCUGAUUUGUGUUUUUUAUUUAAUAGAACAACUGCUAAAUACACAAACAGAAAUGGCUACACCAAUUAUUACACCUUUAUGCAUUGCUAAUUAGCUACAUAUAUUUAAUGCCUUAUCUUAUGGAGGUGUUAGGUAGCUAGCUAUUAAUGUUUAGCUACAAAAACAAACACGAUACCACUAUAGUACUAUAUGUUAGCAAUGGUAUUAGCACAGAAAAUAAUUUAGCAUUAAGCAGAAGGUGCUACUGAGAACCACAGCUAAAGUAUGAGUGUGUAACUACAGUCAUCAGGUGGUACAAUAAACUUACCUCACCAGAACUAUCUGUUUUUUUCCUAUACAGUUAGUGUUGGCAUUAUGACUAUAUAUGAAGUUGGUUAAUUCAUGACUGAUAAUAAAUAUUAAUUAAUACUGCACACUUUAAACAGGUAACAUGGCCAUGUGCAGGUGUUUCCCAAUUGUUGAACAUGAUUGGCUAGAAUCUAUGCUAGUCACUUUGCUGGAAAACCUGAAAGUGGGAACUUAGUGUUAUUGAAAUCGGCUGCUACCGAAAGGAACUACUGAGUUUUUCCC